AUGUUGAAAAGGUUGCUGACCCCUGACGAAGGUGUCGUCACAGAGGCGGAGGUGCAGUGUGUAGUUCACUGCAGGAACCCCAAAAUACACCCCAAGAAGUGCUGCCCGACCUGCCCUAGCUGUAUAUUUGAGGGUCGUCUGUACAAGGAGAAGGAAGAGUUCAGCCCUGAAGGCAAACCCUGCAUCAAAUGCACUUGUACGGGCGGACGGACUCUGUGCAUGAGGGAGGCGUGUCCGGUUCUUUCUUGCCCCGCCCACCUCACCCACACCCCACCAGGACAGUGCUGCCCCCGAUGUCUCGGUCAGAGGAAGGUGUUUGAUCUGUCUCAGGGGAGCUGCUUGUUUCACAGCGAGGUCUAUGAGAACAACACCUCUUUCAGGAACGACAACUGCACCACCUGCAUCUGCAAGGAUUCCACUGUGGUGUGCAAGAAGCACUGCUCGCGGCCAGGCAGUUGCCAGGGCGACCAGUGCUGCGACGAGUGCCUGUCCUAUGUGAAGGUGGAGGAAGUGAAAUACUGCCGGGUCCGGAACAAGAUCUACAGGGAAGGAGACAUGUGGUCCUCUGCCAACUGCACCCUGUGUGCCUGUGUCCAGGGCAACAUCGAGUGUCAGCCCAAGCACUGUGUGCCCAUCACCAGCUGCCCGUCGAAUAAGAUCCUUAACCGAACGGGCUGCUGUCCUGUUUGCACUGAAAAGCCUGGUGUGUGCACAGUGUUUGGAGACCCUCACUACAACACAUUUGACGGGCGCACGUUCAACUUCCAGGGGACGUGUCAGUACGUGCUGACCCGCGACUGUGGCAGCGCCACCUCUGGCAGCCUGGGGAACAACAACAUCAACAGCCCUGACUCCAGCUUCACGGUCCUGGUGCGUAACGACGCCCGCAGGACGCGCUCCUUCUCCUGGACCCAGUCGGUGGAGCUGCGGCUGGCCGGCCUGAGCCUCAGCCUCCACCAGCACCUCACGGUGCGCAGGAACGGCUCGCGCAUCUCCCUGCCCUACCACGGGCCCGGGGUGCACAUCGACCUGGACGGGUACCUGCUGAAGCUCACCACCAUCGCAGGCCUGGAGAUCACGUGGGACGGGGACAGCUUCGUGGAGGUGGUGGCGGCGCCCCACCUGAGGGGCCGGCUCUGCGGCCUGUGCGGCAACUACAACGGGCAGAAGAGGGACGACACCACGGGCGGCGACGGGCAGUUCAAGUUCGACGUGGACGCCUUCGCCGAGUCGUGGCGCGUGGAGGGCAACGAGGUGUGCGGCGCCCAGCAGGCCGCGCGGCGCCCCGCCCCCCUGCUGUGCCCCGGCAGCGUGCGGGUCAAGUUCCGCGCGCACCGCGAGUGCCAGAAGCUCAAGGCCUGGGAGUUCCAGCGGUGCCACCGCGCGGUGGACUUCUCCACCUUCUACAGGUCCUGUGUCACAGACAUGUGUGAGUGUCCGGUGCAUAAGAACUGCUACUGUGAGUCCUUCCUAGCGUACAGCCGGGCCUGUGAGAGGGAGGGGGUCCCCGCCCUCUGGAAACCUGAGGCCGCCUGUAUGGCCACCCAGUGCAAGUACGGCGCCGUCUACGACACGUGCGGCCCGGGCUGCACCAAGACCUGCGACAACUGGAACGAGAUCGGGCCGUGCCACAGGCCCUGCGUGGCGGGCUGCCACUGCCCCGCCAACCUGGUGCUGUUCCAGGGACGCUGCAUCAAGCCCACCUCCUGCCCAGGACGGUGACCCUAGUGGGCCCGAGGGGAGAGGGGCCGGGGG